GACUUAAGUCAUACCCUCCUGCUUCUGCCCCCUUUCCCCCCGAGUCUCAAUCGCUCACCUCCUCCCCCCACCACAAGAGCAGAGGUUACGCCAUCUUGUUUCCCCCACCCCCCCUCACGGCCGCAGUCGCCCCUUCUCCUUUGCUACACUCCCAUCCCCCUCCCACUCUCCGGAAGAGUGUCCUGGGCAGCCGCGGCGGGAACAGCACCAGCUUCGGCCGUCCCCACCUCCGCGGCGCGGGACUCGCAGCCGUCCGUCAGUCCGUCUGCCCCUCCAAGGGUUCAUUAAAGCAGAGAUGAAUAAUACUGCAGCUAGCCCGAUGUCAGCUAUUGCUACCUCAAGUAGUGGAAGAGGCACAGGGAAAUCUACAAGUUUUGCUCUUGAACUGCAGAGUAUGAUGUUUUCUUUAGGAGAUGCUAGAAGGCCACUUCAUGAAACAGCAGUCUUGGUAGAAGAUAUUGUUCAUACCCAGUUGAUUAAUUUGUUGCAGCAAGCAGCUGAAGUUUCACAGCUACGAGGAGCCAGAGUGAUUUCUGCUGAAGAUCUUCUUUUUUUGAUGCGCAAAGACAAGAAAAAGCUUAAAAGAUUGCUGAAAUACAUGUUUUUCCGAGACUACAAGUCUAAGAUUGUCAAAGGAAUAGAGGAGGAUGAUCUCCUAGAAGACAAAUUCAGCAGCAGUAGCAAUGCCAACAAAAGGCAAAAAACAGCCCAAGACUUCCUCCACUCUAUUGAUCAGACAGGAGAACUCUUGGCUAUGUUUGAAGAUGAUGAGAUCGAUGAUGUUAAACAAGAGAGAAUGGAGAGAGCGGAAAGACAGACUCGAAUGAUGGAUGCAGCUCAAUAUGCAGAAUUCUGUGAAAGUCGACAGUUAAGCUUUUCCAAAAAAGCCUCCAAGUUCCGAGACUGGUUGGAUUGUAGCAGUAUGGAGAUCAAACCAAAUGUUAUUGCCAUGGAGAUUCUGGCCUAUCUAGCAUAUGAGACCGUGGCCCAGUUGGUGGACCUCGCUCUUCUGGUUAGGCAAGAUAUGGCACCCAAGGCGGGUGACCCCUUCAGCCAUGCCAUCUCUGCUACUUUCAUACAGUACCAUGCUUCUGCUGAGCCACAUCUCUUCGGGUCGAGUUCUGGCAUGAAAUCCAGCCCUGACUCCCCUGAAAACACGCCUCCUCCUACACCAACUGCUCCAACAUCUGGACCACAACACCCAGGGAAAAACCAAUCAGGGACUUUGGGGAACGGGAAUGUUGGACAAGACUCGGCUAAAACAAAGCAAAGGAAGAGGAAAAAGAGCACUGCAGCCUGUGGUAUCGAGGCUCAAAGCGAUGCCAUCCAGCCCAGCCACAUCAGAGAGGCCAUUCGACGCUAUGGCCACAAGAUUGGCCCAGUUUCCCCAUUCACAAGUGCCUACCGCAGAAAUGGAAUGACUUUCCUGGCCUGCUAAUGUGGACAUGGAUAUGACUACAGCAACAGGAAAGACAACAUUCUAUUAAGGUGAUUUUUUUUUUGCCCUGUCGGUGGAGAGGAGACAGGGCAGAAAUACAGUUUGAGUUCAUCUGCUAAGAAGUCUACUGGUUUGUUGUGACUAUCAACAGGCUGACUCCAGCUCUUUUCCAACCCCCUCAAUCAUUACUCUUGUUUACCAGAUGGAACCUUGAGCUAAUUAAUGGCAGGAUGUUUGGUAUAGUGUGUAGGUGGACAAGAAUGCAAAUCACACAAUUUUGAAAUUUGCAAUGGAUUUACUGCUGUGGGCUCCCCUAUCUAAAGAACUCUGUGUGUGUGUGUGAGUGUGUGUGUGUGUGUGUGAGUGUGUGUGUGUGUGUGUGAGUGUGUGUGUGUGUGUGUGUGUGAGUGUGUGUGUGUGUGUGUGUGUGUGUGUGUGUGUGUGAGAGAGAGAGAGAGAGAGAGAGAGAGAGAGAGAAGUCUACAUAUUCUCCUUGGUACAUUUUGCAAUCCAAUUUUGGGACAAAAGAAGAAAAAAACAGCUGCAACAACUUUUUAAUAGUUAUUUAUGACAUCUCCAUCUUUUAAAAUGAAGAUCUAUGUUGGGAAUAGUUAGUAAUACUCAGACCUCGGUCAUCCAUCUGACCUUUCUGACUCUUACUUUCUCUUCUUUUGGUCUCUCUGCUCUCUUGCCUCCUGCAUUUCGUAGAGCCAUUCUUCCUAAUUUUCUUUUCUCUAACAUUUAUUCUCCCUCUCCUCUCAAAUCAAAAGAUUGGAAAAUGGUACCAUUUCAGGACUCACCAAGGCCAGAGGGGGUAUUAAAAAAGGAAAACUAUCGAUAAAAGUAUUAGAUGCGAGCCUUGAAAGGCCCAGCCAGAGAUCUUGUCUCUCAUUUGUCCAUUUCCUACCACUGGCCCUAUAUUUUGCCUUAUUUAUGCUUUCUGAACUAGAAAAUACUGUUAUAUGCUGAAAAAAUAACUUUGGUUCCAUGUCGAUUUGUAAUAAUAGUAAUUCUUUUUGAUUGAACUUGUUAUUGAUACCCAUAGAACUUGGAUAAGAGGGAAUUUUGUCUUCAGUUAUAUAUUUUUCACAAUUCUAAGCUUGUCAUUGUUUCUAUACACUUCUAAAAAAACUUUGUGAAGAAUAAAUAAAAGUGAGAAAUAAAACCA